AUUAGGCUCGUUUUGAAACGUUUUCGUCUCGGGGAAGGAUUUCCAGGUGCCCGGACUACCUCCUGCGGACUGGAAAGGAGACAGGCAGUGCAGGCUACUGGAGAGCUGAAUUCACCGAAAAUAUGUGUGAAAAAGGAGCUUGAAAAAUGUGCAGUUGAACAAAGGCUUCAGCAUGGAGAAGAUGAAGAUCAAGCAGUCAUGAGCCAUGACUCCUCUUCUUGUACAAAAACUGAAAACAUGACGAGUUGGCAGAAUGGCUUGGGAAAUGCCACCUCUGUUAUCUGUAUAGUAAUGGAUAAUAAAGAAUCAGGGAGCAAUACUACCUCAUUAUGUCAUAAUGGGGGGAUCAGCACAAAUAACAAAAAUGGAAAUAACAAUCAGGACGAUAAAACCAGUCCUUCCAAAAUAAUGCAUUUUUUCCCCACUCCUCGUAAGAGGUCCAGCUCCAAUGUAGAGCGGCCUCGUUCAGUUAUAGUUAUGGGGAACUCAUCAACAUGGAAUGCUUUGUCUUCCCUUAGAAAAAUGGGAUCUUUCAAGAAGUUAAAAUCGUCAGUUCUCCAAGGAAUUCCAGCCAAAGAAGAUCCAGAUAACCUAAAGGAUAGCCUGUCAGAGAACCAAACCAGGAAGUACAUUCCAAACAAUACAACAGUGAGACUUCAGACAAACAGGUAUUCUUAUUCGGGGCCUUUACAUGACAGUACCACAGAUAACACAGUGGUUUCUGAUAAUUCUGAUGGAGAGGAAGAUUCCUUCCUGAGGAACACUCAUCGAUCACGCAGCAUCAGGCGUGCUUAUGCAACUGGCCGUAUAAAUUUAUUAGAUGGUGAUAAAACCCAGGACCCUCAGAGCAAUACCAAAAUGGUCAUGCAGGAAUCCCAGAUUUGUGAAAUUGUAGGGAAAGAUCUAGAAUGUCCUAAGGUGCUCUACAGGAGGAGUAAGAGCAGCGAUAAUCUGAAUUUUCUCAAAAAGAGCUCGUUCAAAAGGAAGUCAACCUCAAACCUCACCGACCUCAAAGCUGUAAACGAAAAGCAUUUGCCACCAAGAACCAUGAGUAUGUCAUCAUCUGACUCAGACAAAGCCAACAGGAACUCAGAGCGGAAAUCAAAACGUUGGAAGAGCCCAAUUAGAGCGAAGGAUUUUGACAGAGUUUUGAAACUUGUCAGUAACAUAACUGAUGGUGCUUUGAAGAAGGACUGUCCUAGGACCGAUAUUUCUUCCCCCGGUGAACAGAACCAAAAGACAAGACCGAACAGCAGGCUCCAUGAGGACUAUUCCCGCAGGGUUUCCAGCAGCACUGAGAAUGAGAGGAGUAAGUGUCUGUCAUCCCGGCGUCACCCAGCCUCAGCUCCUUCCAGGUACACCAUCCAGUGUUCUGAGGAUUACUCUGCUGGUUUACCUUCUGCAUUAAAUGUCGAUGCUACGGGCCAUAGGAUGUCAUCCUGUGAUCUUUCAGACUUGGUUUGUUCUCCACCUCCACUUCAGAACCCUGGGUCAAUUCCUGAUGAAGUUUUCCAUGAAGAUUUUGAGGGGUCAAAAAACUCCAGUCCAUUUACAUACAGCACUGAGCCCCCCCACCAUCCUGCUAGACCCACCGUUCCCAAGCCUCAGAGUCUUAAUGCUGAAAGCAUCAAGUGCAACAUGGAUAUCCAUUGUCCAGACCGGUACAGUACCCUGUCGCUCAGCUCAGUGGAAAGUGAGGGAAGAGGGGAGGGGCCGUCUGCCAAGUUGGGGAAGAGUCCUGUUUGCUUCCAGGAUUCUGUGCAAGCCGUAUACUACGACGAUACAAAUGAAGACAGUGGCAUCAGCAGCCAUUCUCAGCUAAGUCUCAACUUAGCUAUGAGUGCUGAUGAAAAGAAGGAAGAGGUAAGAAGGAAAGUUGUUACUGAUGAACACUGGAAGAAGUUUCAAGAUGAAGAAAGAACAGAUGCUCAAAAAGUCCGAACCAGAAGAUGGGGUUCUGGAAAAAGAUCUCGGCCUCGGCCCCUGUCAGAUUAUGGCCAGUUGGCAAUUAGAAGUUUGUCCAUUCCAGAAGAUUCUGUCGCUUUGGAUUCCCAGGAAAUGGACUCUCUGGAGAAUGACAGUGAGACCAAGCCUCCCCCUGUUAAAUCAGGCACUUGUGCAGUAGCCAAUCCAAAAGCUCACAGAAGACGACCCAUCUCUAUCAUUGGUGCAAUCAGUUAUUAUGAAAAUAAUCAAACGGAAGAAAUUACCGCUCUCCUUGCACAACCUGUGGCACGGCCUCCUGUACCAGCACACCAGGUUCCCCCUUACAAAGCUGUCUCAGCCAGAUACCGCCCCUUCACCUUUUCUCAAAGCACACCCAUUGGUCUGGAUAAAGUUGGGUGUAAGCGUCAAAUGAGAGCUUCCAAUGGUGUUACAGAUGGGAGUGCUGAAUCUCCAGCUUUAGUCGAUGAUGAUGGCAGUGAAGAGGAUUACAGCUACGAAGAAUACUGCCAUGCCAACCCCAGGUACUUGCAGCCUGGAGGCGAGCAGCUAGCUGUCAGUGAGCUGAUAAGUGAUGGAAAUGUGGUCUAUGCAGAGGCUCUCUGGGAUCACGUGACCAUGGAUGAUCAGGAAUUAUCCUUCAAAGCUGGAGAAGUCAUCCAAGUCCUUGAAGCUUCCAACAAAGAUUGGUGGUGGGGAAGAAAUGAAGACAAGGAAGCUUGGCUUCCAGCCAGUUUUGUCAGACUACGAGUCAAUCAAGAAGAACCUGCAGACUACUGUAGUGGCCUCCAAGAUGAAGAACCAAAUCCUGAAAAGCAUCGCCAAAAAAUAGCAGAAAACAAAGAUCAGAUGAGAACCAAUGUAAUUCAGGAAAUAAUGAACACAGAGAGGAUUUAUAUCAAACAUCUGAAAGACAUCUGUGAGGGAUACAUUCGGCAAUGUCGCAAACAUACAGGAAUGUUUACUCCGGCCCAGCUAAGCACCAUAUUUGGAAAUAUUGAAGAUAUUUACAAAUUCCAAAGAAAAUUUUUGAAAGAUCUAGAGAAGCUGUACAACAAAGAAGAGCCCCACUUAAGUGAAAUAGGGUCCUGCUUUCUUCAGCAUCAAGAAGGAUUUGCAAUCUAUUCUGAGUAUUGUAACAAUCACCCUGGAGCCUGCCUUGAGCUCUCCAACCUGAUGAAACAGAGCAAGUACCGCCAUUUUUUUGAAGCUUGCCGCCUCCUUCAGCAAAUGAUUGACAUUGCUAUUGAUGGUUUCCUCCUCACUCCUGUUCAGAAAAUCUGUAAAUAUCCCCUGCAGCUUGCUGAAUUAUUAAAGUACACCACUCAGGAUCAUAGUGACUAUAACAAUAUCAAGGCAGCAUACGAAGCCAUGAAGAACGUAGCUUGCCUCAUCAAUGAACGCAAACGAAGGCUGGAAAGUAUAGACAAGAUUGCUCGCUGGCAAAUCUCCAUUGUCAACUGGGAGGGGCAAGACAUCUUAGGCAAAAGCUCUGAAUUAAUCCACUCUGGAGAAUUGACGAAAAUCUCCAAACAAGGCAAGAGUCAGCAAAGAACAUUCUUUCUUUUUGACCAUCAGCUUGUGUUCUGUAAGAAAGAUUUAUUGAGAAGGGACAUGUUGUAUUACAAAGGCCGGAUGGACAUGGAUGAAAUGGAGGUGGUAGACAUUGAGGAUGGCAAAGACAAAGACUUCAAUAUCUCUGUAAAAAAUGCUUUCAAAAUUAUAAAUAACGCUACGGAAGAAGUUCACCUAUUUUGUGGGAAAAAGCCAGGUGAUAAAAAAAAGUGGCUGGAGGCUUGUGCAAAUGAGAGGAGACGAGUGCAAGAAGACAAAGAAAUGGGAAUGGAAAUCUCAGAAAACCAAAAGAAGGAAGCAAUGCAAAAUGCGCGGAAGUCAAGACAUGGGAAAAUGAAAGGUGUCAGCUAUAAUGGAUGCUCAGUGCCACCACUACUCCAGAGUUUGCAUCCUAUCCAUCAGCGUCACAUCACAGUGCCCACUAGUAUUCCACAGCAGCAGGUGUUUUCCCUCGCAGAACCAAAGCGAAAGCCAUCCCUUUUCUGGCACACUUUUAACAAACUGACACCAUUUAAGAAAUGAACAGCCCAACAUCCAUGGCCUGAGAGGCCAUCCGGAAAAGGGGAACCAUUUGCCAACAAAAGCUUUUGUUGGUCCAGUUGGAAAACCUGGAUUCUGCCCUGGAGAGAAGAUGUGGGCUCGUUUCUGAUUUUUCCACCGUAACCUUCAUUGAGCAACAUGAAGAAGACUUGGUUUAUUGAAGGAGACAGUGAAUGAUCUGAAAUGGAUGUGGUCCUGAAUCAAUAAACAGACUGAUGGGAGAGUUGCCACUUGACCACAGUAGCAAAUUGCUGCUCUCUCAGAAAAUGCCAUGUGCAUAUAUUGUCACCCUUGUAUCAAAGGAAUGGUUCAAAAGAUAGCGUCUCCACCUUUGUGCAGAAUUUCGCAACGGUGGUUUCAUCGUUCCUAUGGCUCUUACAUCAUCAAGUUGUUGGUACUGAGAAAACUGCUUAGUUCUUCCUAUUUGUCUUUGUUUGCUGUGUUCUUCUGUUAAAUGAGACUUAGACUUCCUUAAGGCACAUUCAUGGCAAAAGGAAGACAAUGUGAAAUCAGUGACAUAAAUAUAUGAACAUGUAUUUUUAUAUGAAGAAAGUCCCACUUGGACUCAGGGUGGACUGUUACCAAAAACGGUGUUUUGCUGUAUGCAUUUCUAUUAAUCAAGAAAAGGAUUUCAUUUUGCUAUCUUUGGUUCUUGAGUCCAUGAAAACUGCAUCAUUGGUUUCCAGUGUGCCUGCUUGUACUUUAUGAAAAAAAAUGAAAGUAUUUCCUUUUAAAUUUUAGGAGUGCAACUAUACAAAGAUAACGAUAUGAAAAAGCAACCUGAGAGAGUUUUUACUCAAUCCCAUAAAUGUUCUCAUUCCAUCUGGUUUGCGGGUUUCUUACAAAAAUGACUUUAAGCAAGUUCCAACAUGAUAUUUUUAUGUGGUUGCUCUUAUGUGCAUCAAACAAGCCAGAAGAGGCUUAGCAAUUAUUUCUUUGGCUUAUGUUAAGAGUAUCCAACGCUAGGACCAUCUGGUGACAUUAGAAAUGAAUUUUGAUUAAACCUGGUUAGAAACACGGCCUAUUUAUAGACUAUUAAAAUGAUAUGUCCUUGUUUUGAUUUGGUUUGUUCUCUUCUGUGAAAUGAAAUUGUUUUUUUAUCUUGGGGUUGCUUAAAAAUACCCUCCUUUGAGACAACUGCCAUUAAUUAGGGUUUAUGGCAUGCUCUUGGUCACCCUCUCUGUUGUAGUCUUACAUUGCUAAUGCUUAGAGUAAAACACUGGAUCUUGAAAAUAGGGUGAGUAUGUGAUUUGUAAUUAGCACUAACCCAUAAUGGGUGUGUUCAAUUUAGUUUGUUAUAGUAACCCAGGGUCUGUAGUUUGUAAACCAUGGCUCAUGCCUCAGUCUGUUGAGCAUACUCAGCCAAUCCUGAUUUAAACCAUGGUUAACAAAACUACAGCUCAGAGUAAUGCGUAAGCAACUUAUGACAACAAAAACAAAUUCAGGGAUUUUAAUAUUUUUUUGUUACAAGGGUUGAGGGGUUUUGGGAGGGUUCUUUUAAUAAAAGUAUCAGCCUUUCCUAAAUAGGGUGGACUACAAUUUCUUAGCCAGCUUGACCCAAAAGAAAGAACUAUAUGAAGAACUAUGGCUUCAACUAGGUAAGCUAAAAUGUAAAACACACAUUUGAGUCCUUUCCUCAAUAGAAAUUUAGAAAGUAAACAAUUGUUAUUUCAUUGUAACUUGCUUCUGAGCAGAUAUAGCUAGGAGAGGUUGCCAUCCAGUUAAACUGCAACACUUUGCAGUCUUUACUUCAACAGACAUGCUUCAGUAUUAAAGACUGAACUUAGGGAGAUUCAGUAGCUCCAAAGAUGUCAUUGUGCUGUAGUAUGUACAUAUUGGGGGCACGUUGGCUCAGCAGUUAAAGAUGCUGAGCUUUUCAGUUGGAAAGCUGACAGCCCAGGUUUGAGACCCGAGUGCCAUAUGACAGGGUGAGCUCCUGUUACUUGUUCCAGCUCCUGUCCAUCUAGCAGUUCGAAAGUAUGCAAAUGUGAGUAGAUAAAUAGGUACCAUUUCAGUGGGAAGGUAACAGUGUUUCAUGUGCCUUGGCAUAUAGUCAUGCUGGCCAUAUGACCAUGGAAAUAUCCUCAGAACAAUGCUGGCACUCUCGGCCAAGAAACAGAGAUGAGCAACGUGCCCUAGAGUCGGACACAACUGGACAACUUUAUUAUAUAUCAGCACACACAUAUGGUGUUAUAAUCAUUUUUAACAAUUGACAGCUUCAGCAAUAUACAAUAAAAACUGCCUGAUAUAAUGAAAAUGCUAGCAAAAGGUGCAGAUUAGCUCUGAUUGAUUUUAUAGAUAUAUUGAAAGGAAUUGGUACCUCUUCAUUUUUAAUACACAUCCAUAUGUCUUUACUAACAAGAAUGUUUAAAUAUGAACAGAUAGUUUUAUUAACAAGCAUGCUACAUAUGCCUCUGUACAUAGCAUAACAUAUCCUUCAAAACAGGCCUUUUUCCCUCCAGGUAUGCUGGAUUUUGAAUCUAAUUCCAAAAUAGCAUUGGCACUGGGUUAGAGAAGCUGAAAUGUUAAUUUACUUGGAAAGCACUUGGCCAGGGGGGACAAUGCCUUAAAAUGGUUUUGAUGCUCAAUUGUUCAUCGUGCUGUUCAUACUUGCUUUUGAUAUUAGCCAAAGGUUGUUUUUUUUAAUGCAGUAAUGAUCUCCAGUUCAUUAUCUUUUUAGUUGCCUAAUUGGUUUGAACAGCCAUAUGUUUUGCAAGAAUAAGUACUGAAUGAAUGCACAAGGUAAAAUGGCUAUGCAAGCCCAUUUGAAUUUGUCUUGCAUCAUUUAGAAUAACAGAGUUGGAAGGGAACUUGGAGAUUUUCUAAUCCAAAUUCCUGCUCUAGCAGGAAACCCUAUACAAUCUCAGACAAAUGGCUGUCCGACCUUUUCUUAAUAACCUCCCAAGCUAGAGCACCCACAAUUUCUGAAGAGAAGCUGUUCCAUUGAUUAAUUGUUCCCACUGUCAGGAAAUUUCUCCUUAGUUCUAGGUUGCUUCUCCCCUUAAUUAGUUUCCAUCCAUCUUGGGGGCCAGCUAGACCCACCUCCUGUUCAAUGCAUGAUCUCCAAGAACAUUUUUGUCUGCAGUUUGGGGACCACAAUGAAGGGAAACAUGCCUAAUGAGAAAUUAUAUAUGUGACCCCCUUGGUCACGUGUAAACCAUCUUAGUAACUCAGUUCAUUCCCUUAAAAUGAACAUUUUUAAAUUUUGAAAAAUUCAUAUUUUUAAAAUGUGCCCUUAAAAUUGUGUCUUAACAAUUGGGACUUGUAACAAAAGUCUAUAAUAUAUUAGUAGAUGGCUAAUAUAUUUUUUGGUUUGGGGCUCAUUAUGCUAAAAUAAUUUUUGUUGUAGUUGAGCGUUGUAGGGGGUCUGGUUAGGAUGAGGUGAUGUCAUCAGAAGACAAGUGGAUUUUUUUAUCAUUUUGGCAGAUUGAAAAUUGGGCAAAAGUUUUCUUCAUAGAUGCAUUAAUUAUGUUGAAAGUUUAAUAUAUGUUUCCUUUUAUUUACCACCAAACAUCAAAAUGUCACAGUAUUUUACAUGGUGGUUUGCAGCCACACUUCUGUACUGUGAUUUUGAGAGUAUGAGGCAUAAGUUUUCUAUUUCUAAGCAUAAUAUCAAAAUAGCCAUAUUUCUUUCCAGGAAGAUCUUCUUCCCCCUUUUCACUUUAUUCUAUUUCCUCCCCAGAAAGAUCUGUUAAACAUGCUUAAGUUCUCUUUACCCUGUUUAGAGGGAGGGACUGCUAUUGAUAUUCACAGGAAGAGACCUCUGUUUCUGUUGAUACUCUUAGUUCAGGACGAGAAGAAGUGAGGGAUAGCUGCUAUUUUGUCUAGACAAGAGAAGAUUAAAACAACAUCCUCUAUUCUCUGUAUGCGGUUCCUUUUCCAGUAAGUACUGUGGUUGAAAUGAAUAGAAUAGAAUUCAUUGAAUUUGUUUGCAGAUGCACUGAUACUACUGUACAUUCUUCAGAAACCCCUCAAAUGUUGCAAAGAAGGAAAUCAUACCAUUCAUAUAAUCCUGUUAGCUAGCUUUUUGCAGCCUAAUUGUGUACCGGAUGAAAGAAAAGUUUUUGUAGCUUGCAAGAAUAUUUGAAGAGAGAUAAAUUAUUAGUUUUUUUCAAUAUUAACAAUAAUUUGGCCUGGAAUACUACAAAGUUCUGAUAGGAAUGAUCACUGUUUAGAUUACUACAAGAAUCCUUGUAAGCUAUUUAUCCUAACAAAUUAAGUGCCUAACACUUCCUGAGUCAUCUGCUGUUUAAAUUCUGAAAAGCCAAGUCAAGGUUUGUAUUUGUUCUCAGGUUUUCUACUUUUCACCUUAUCCCUUACCCAAAGCAUAUGAAUUUCUAUAAUUUUUCCCCAGAAAUUUCAAUUUUCUUAG